UUGGCGGGACUUGGCAGUGGCAGCAUCCAAACGCACCCAGAGCUCAGCCGAACUGACGCCAUAAAAAAACCAUGGCGACCAUGCCGCCGCCGCGGCCCUGGUCCCCGUCCCCUCCCCCGCGCGCCGUCAUCUCCCCUCGCUGCACCGCCCUCCAGAACCCAUCCACUCACGCGCAACACCGCCACCUGCUCGACGGCGCACCCCAGAGCCAGGGGCAUGCGUCGCCGCGGCACGCGCGCGCGCGGGUGCGGGAGCGGGACCUCGCCGCGCCCUUCGCGCGGGAGAUCGGCGCCUGCGUCCGCGCGCGGCGGUGGGGCGCGGCGUGCGAGGCGUUCGCGUCCAUGCGCGCCGUGGGGGCCUCGCCCGACAGGUUCCUCCUCCCGCAGGUGCUCCGCGCCUGCGCCGGGCUGGGCGCCCCCGGCCUCGCGGCCGCCGCGCACGCGCUCGCCGCCAAGGGCGGGGCCGCGCUCGCUGGGGACCCCGUCGUCGGGAACGCGAUCGUCGCCAUGUACGCGGCGCUGGGGGACGUGGCCUCCGCGCGCGCUGCGUUCGUGUCGCUGCCCGACCGCGACGUCGUGGCUUGGACCGCGCUCAUUGGCGCGCACGCCGACGCCGGGGAGCUGGACGAGGCCUUCGGCCUGUUCGAAGAGAUGCAAGAGAGUGGCGUGCGGCCGGACGUGAUUUCUUGGAACACGCUGGUGUCCGGGUUUGCAAGAAAUGGUGACCUCGGUGCUGCACUGCAUCUGUUUGACGAAAUGCGGCUUAGAGGUGUCGAGCCGGGGGUCAAUUCAUGGAACUGCAUCAUCUCGGGUUGUGUGCAGAAUGCACUGUAUGAGGAGGCUAUGGGGAUUUUUCAGGAGAUGUGUGAGAGCAAGGUGCCUGAUUCGGUGACUGUGGCUAGUAUUCUCCCUGCUUGCGCGGGCUUGCAGGCACUAAGAAUAGGAAAGCAACUGCAUUCUUAUGUUUUGCGGCAUGGAAUCAAGCUCAACGUUUACAUUGGAGCAUCCUUGAUUAGCUUGUACUCUGAAUGCGGAGAAUUUGAUUAUGCAAGAGUUGUGUUUUCCUACAUUGAGGAAGAGAAGAAUGUCACUGUCUGGAAUGAGUUAAUUCAAUUGUAUAUCAGAGAGGGGAGGAUGGACAAGGCGUGGGAAGCUUUUAACUUGAUGCAUGAGGAUGGAUUGGAGCCUGACAUUGUCACAUAUAACAGCUUCAUUGCUGAAUAUGCUAGAGCAGGUCAGAAAGAACAAGCUUAUGAAUUGUUUUCAGGCAUGGUUGACAUGGGCCUGAGGCCUAAUGUGGUCUCAAUGAAUGCGUUAAUAUGUGGUUUGUACCAACAUGGCCUUUACACCGAUGCACUGGACGUUUUCAGAUACAUGCAGUGUUCUGGUGAUGGGAAAGCAAAGUCUUGGAAAUUUCUUGAUAAUAGCAGCCCAAUUAAACCAACAGGCACAACCAUUACUGGUGUCCUCUCACUGUUAACAGACCUCAAGUUAGAUCGUCUCGGGAAGGAAGUACACUGCUAUGCUUUAAAGAAUGGUUUGACAUCAAACAUCUUUGUUUCAAGCAAACUGGUUGACCUUUACGGUAAGACUGGCGAUAUGACAUCUGCUGCUAACGUCUUCCAGAAAAUUGAGAACAAGAAUGUUGUCACAUGGAACAGUCUGUUGGCAGCUUACAAGCAUAACAGGAAGCCAGAAGUUGCAUUGAAGCUGUUUGGUGAAGUCCUCGUGUCCAAUUUGCAUCCCAAUUUGGUUACAGUACAGAUAGCUCUUUUGUCAUGUGGUAUGACCAUGGCAUUGGGAUAUGGCAGAGAACUGCACAGCUACAUCACGAAAUGCUGGUCUGGUGGCUACCCAACUACUCUUGCAUGUGCUUUGAUGGAUAUGUAUGGGAAAUGUGGUAAUAUUGAGGAUGCCAGAUUGGUUUUCGAGUGCACUGUUCCAAAGGACAUAGCAGUAUGGAACACAAUGAUGAGUUGCUACUUGCUUCAUAGGAUGCCUAGGGAUGUUAUAGAUUUGUUCAAUUGUUUGGAACAAUCUAACAUUCAACCAGACCCCAUUACUUUCAUUUUACUUCUUUCAGCUUGUAAGCAAGAAGGCCUGUUGGAGGAAGCUCAGAGCUAUUUCUACAAUAUGGAAAAUGUAUACGGCAUAAAACCAACUUUAAAACACUAUACUUGCAUGGUUGACAUCAUGGGAUCAGCUGGGCUACUGGUGGAGUCACUAACACUUAUCCAGAAGAUGCCGCUUGAACCAGAUGCAUGCCUAUGGUCUACUGUUCUUAGAGCUUGUAAGAUGCACUCAAAUCUAGAGGUUGGAGUGAAGGCAGCAAAAGCUCUUUUCAAGCUUGAACCAGAGAAUACAUCAAACUACAUGGUGCUUUCGAAUAUAUAUGCAGACACAGGCUUGUGGGAAUCCACUGAGGCUGUGAGGCAUGCCAUGACAGAGCAAGGGUUACAUGUUGAGAGACAAUGCAGCUGGUUACACCAUGGUCCAACUGUACACCCUUUCGAGGCUGGAGAUCUGUCACAUCCUGCAAUUGAUGCGAUUUUGAGUACAUGGAAAGACUUAACUAUCAGGAUGGAGCAAUCUGGGUACUCCCCUCGAGAUAUUGAGCCCUAUUGCAAUGUAGAAGUUGAUCCAUUCUCAUGCCACCACACAGAGAAGAUUGCUGCGUGUUAUGGGCUUAUUUCAACGAAUGAUAAUGAACCAAUACGCAUCUCAAAGAAUUUUAGAAUGUGCAUGGAGUGCCAUUCAUCGAUCAAAUUUAUCUCAAGGGACAAGAACCGGCAAAUACUUGUUUCAGAUGGUUGCACCUAUCACCAUUUUAGGGAUGGAACUUGCAGCUGUGGAGAUGUAUGGUAAAUAUGGGGACUAACUAAAAAGGUGGAUCUUGUAUGCCAUGAAAAUUAUGUUUAGGGACAGUAGUAUCGGAUGAUGGUGUACAUUUGCACCAUUGCACUAUUAUCGGUAAUGGCUGGAUAUCAAUAGUCAAUGUCACCAUCUUGAAAGCACUGAACAGUUCUGUGUAUAUCCAGUUUGCACUCCUUGGAGCCAGGCAGCAAAUAUGAUCUUUCAUCUAUGAAGCUGGAGUUCUUUGCUAGAAAGGGCCAAGCUAGAAGGACUGAGCGGUUCUGCAGCAUCCCCACUUUCUAAAAGGAUAUACACAGAACUGUUCUGCAGCUUCAUAGUUGAUAUACACAGAACUGUUCAAUCUUUCAUCUAUGCAAGCACUACCGGUGGAAAUUUAUACACGAAUAGUUUCGGUUUGGUGACCAAACUAUCUUUAACUCCCGCCAGAAUCAGUUUGCAUAGACAUACAUCCUCAGAUUUGACAGAAUUCAUAAUCAAUGUACAACAGAUUACAUGCCCUAAUUGUCUAUGACUUUAUCCGUCUCUUUUUAA